AUGACUGUUUGUUUCGCUUUGUUUGGGUCUUGUUCAACUCUUUCCUUUCAUCUCCCAUGCCCCCCGUCAGACGAGGCCGUGCCAGCGGUCCUGCCUGUGGCCAGAAUGCAGACAGAAAACUCGUGGUCGCUAUCGAUAUUGGCACGACAUUCACGGCGGUAUCGUACUGCGAGGUGUAUCCCGGGAACCAGCAUCAGCGAAACUUUGAGGAGAUUGUCAGAUGGCCCAAGCAGACAACCGGAGAUGCGAAGAUACCUUCUGUUGUCUUUUAUGACAAGCACGGCCAGGCGCAAGCGUUUGCGGCAGAAACCGAAGAUGACGAUGUUCGAGACAGUGCCGCAGAAAACUCCUGGAGUCGGGUUGAAUGGUGGAAGCUACUAUUGCGCCCCAAGCACCUGGCAGCAGUCAGCCUACCAAGUAGCAUCGCGCCAUUGCCGCACAAUGUGGAACUCCAACAAGUGUUGGCCGACUUUUUGCGCUAUGUUAAAAACAAUUUCAGGGAGUAUUUCAUCAGCAACCGUGUGAAUGGAGCAUAUAUCUGGGACACCCUCUUCCCUACCUUGGAUGUAAUUUUGACGACCCCGAACGGCUGGGAGUUCAAUGAACAACACAUGAUGAGAUGUGCUGCUAUCGAUGCAGGUCUGGUGCAGGAAACCGAAGGGCUGCGUGUGCGAUUUGUGACUGAAGCUGAAGCAGCCAUUCAUUAUGCUUGCAAAGAAGAUAAAAUUCACGAUUGGCUGACCGUCGGUAAUCAAAUUAUCCUUUGCGACGCUGGAGGUGGCACGAUAGAUAUCAAUGCCUACAAAGUUGUUGCUGUCCAACCUAAAUUGCAAUUGGAGGAGUCAUCUGCACCUCAAUGUUUCAUGGCUGGUGCUGUCUACGUUAACAAGGCCGCCUGGAAUUUCCUUCGUCAACAUCUUCGCAACAGUGUCUGGGAUAGCAAUGACAAACUCAAGCUCAUUGUCGACACAUUUGAGAGAACAUUGAAAAAGAAGUUUUCCGGAGAUGGUCAGGACUGCUAUCUUCCAAUAAGCGAAGAUCCAACGAUCACGGACGAACAACGAGGAAUCAAGCGUGGCAGGCUUCGAGUUCCAAGUGCGACCGUUGCGUCUUGGUUCGCCGAUCCUCUCAGUCAGACCAAGCAAGGGAUUUUGGAUGCAUUCAGAAAUAGUGGUCGACAGGCUGACAAAAUCAUACUUGUGGGAGGACUCUCGCAGUCGCCAUAUUUCUACAAUCAGAUCUCUUUGUGGAGCGAGACAAAGGGCUUCUCUCUCAGUCGUCCUCAAGGCUCCUUGGCGAAGGUCGUGCCAAACGGAGCACUCAAUUGGUAUCUUGACUGUCUAGUGCAGUCACGGGUUACGACUGCUCAUUAUGGGACGGACGUCCUUGUUCGAUACAGGGAGACCGACAAAGCACAUAAGAACUUGAUCGCGGGAAAGAACUGCAAAAUCCAUGCCAAGCAAGAAUUCGAGGAAGCGUUUUUCAUCACCUUAGGAGACGACACCGUAGACUUUGAACGAGAAGAAAUAAUCUAUGCAUUCCGGCGAAGCCACCCACCCGAGUUCAUCUGUCAACCUGGUACGACUGCUCUAAAGCUAGGAUUUGAUAAAAUAUGCUCUGUGAAAGUCAAUCUUCGUGAUUGCUUUCGAUCAACGCCUCGCACGCUAGCGCUCAACACUAAAGUAUGGAUCCGAAAACUCGAGUUCUACAUUUGCCUUCGUUUGACUGGCACCGAAAUCUCGGCGCGCAUGAAAUGGUUGGAUAACGGAAAAGCUGUGUACGGUCCAGCAACAAUCUCACCUAUCUGA